GGCAGGUCCAUGCACGUUUUUGUGAAGUUGUGUUUAUUGUAUUUAUAGAACCUCAAAAACGGAAUUUAGUUGGUAUAAAGCAGUGUUGUCUGGUGCAUUGAAUGAUGACGGUGUAGACAGUUGAAGUACGCAUGCUUCAUUUAUCUGCUGAACUCAAAUCCAACUUCAAAGUUGACGGUCUAACUUGUAAAAAUGUGCGGUAGGACAGCUUGCACGCUUGAUCCCGACCAGACUCGACGAGCCUGUGCCUAUACCAAUAGGCAGGGUAGAAGAGUACGACCGAGGUGGAAGAAUCCAAGCAGCACAUCUGGUAAACGAGGCAAUACAGGUACCAACAACGGCAAACAACGAGGGACGACACAAACUGGCAAACAACAGCAAAGCGAGGGCCAAAUUCUGAGGCGGAAAUAUUAUCCAUCGUUCAAUCUGACUCCGACUGGUAUUUCGCCUGUGCUUGUCUCUGCAAAGCAUUUUGACAGCGAUGCUGCAUCUGAUGAUCGUCAACUUGCCCCAAUGCAAUGGGGUCUUGUCCCGUCCUGGCAUAAAGACGGUGACCAUAUGAGUGUUGCUUACAAGAUGAACAAUUGCAGACGAGAAGGAAUGAUGGAGAAACGCACUUUUAGCCGACUGGCAGAAAAAGGACAGCGAUGUGUCGUCUUGGUUGAUGGGUACUACGAGUGGCUGACAUCAAAAGAUGGCAAGAAGAAACAACCUUACUUCAUAUACUUCCCCCAAGACGCGCCGAUAGAAAACCUUGCCUCGAAAACCUCUCAGUCGGAAUCAGAACCAGAACAACCUGAUUGCCUCCCAGAAGACGAGGUCACAGAAGGGUCAGAGUGGAAAGGUCACCGGCUCGUUACGAUGGCCGGACUGUUUGACUGUUGGUACCCACCGCAGGGAGGGGAACCUCUGUAUUCCUACACUGUGAUCACCUUAGCUUCGUCUGAAUCCAUGAGUUGGUUACAUCACCGGAUGCCAGCUAUAUUGGAUGGGGAUGAGGCUGUAAAGUCAUGGCUGGAUUACGGCACUGUACCGAUAAAGAAAGCGUUGGAGCUCAUGAAUGUAGAGCCUAGCUUGACCUCUCAUCCCGUGUCAAUGAAUGUCAACAACUCGAGAUACAAGGCAUCUGAUUGCAUAAUACCAAUCAAUCUUGAUAAACCGGUGAAGGAGACGGCUAGCAGUAAACUGAUGAGUUCUUGGCUAAGCAAGGGUUCCACUCCCAAAAAAGAGACGUCGGUCAAAAAAGAAACGGGGCAAGAAACCACGCCUCCUGUUGAACAAGGGUCACCAUUAUCAAAACCAAGGUCAUCACCACGGAAACAAACAGCAAUGACGGCUUGGUUAAGCAAGGCAAAUCCAGAAUUGAAAGUCGAGGCUGAAACAGAACAAGAUGGCCCCCCAUCCAAGAAAAGCAAACUCUUUUGAAGGUUUUGUGAAUCACCUUCAAAGAAAAUGGAUGCAGCGCCACUUUAAAUCUUGAUCGUGAAGUUAGAUGCAAAUGUCCUUAAAGGUACUGGACACCUUGUAAAGGUGGGGUAUCUUUUGAGUAACUACUCCUCAACUUAAAGACAGUGGACACUAUUGGUACUUUGAAACUUAUUUUGUAAAGAGGACUGGUGAGCCAAUUCGGAUGACAAAAUACGGUAUGAAGUUACCCCUUUUGAUGUACCGUGUAGUGUAGUUUAAGAGGUAAGGGGUGAUUUUUAACCUCCAAAAUUUGAAUCUGAGAAAGAAAUCUGUUCUCAGACAUCUGAAGGCACACAGUUCUAUGUUUUUUU